UUUUUCAGUUGCAUUAAACCAAAUUAUAUUUGUUCACUAUUGUUAGAUAUAUUUGCACGCUUUUCGGAUUUUGCUUCCUUGGCAUGGAGUGACCAGUGAUCAGCAUGGUACCGUGACUAUUAACUUCCGUUUGUAUUGUUCUUUUAUGUUCUGUCUCCCCCGGCUUCAGGAAGGCACCAGAGGAGGCGAAAUCGGCAUACAAGUGUCCACAAUCCUCUCUAGCUGGUGUAAUCAACAAUAUGUCCGUCAGUGAGGACGACAGAGACGAUUUUGAACAUCGGUCUAUGAUGCAAGACGAGGAUGACCUGGACGAGGAGUUGUCAGAAAAUGAUGCCCCAAAGGUGAAAAAGAAGAAGAAAGCCAAAAAAAGUAGCCGCGAGAGCAAAGGCAGCAAGAGGAAUCGCUCCCGGAGAGAGGAUAUCGGCAUCAGUUCUCCGGAGCCAGUGGAAGGCCCUGAUCCGGACGAUGGUGAAGACCGUUCAGAAAGCGAGGGUAGCGACUACACACCUGGCAGGAAAAAGAAGAAAAGAGCCUGCACCACAAAGGACAAAAAAAGAAGCAGCUCUGGUGCCGACAGAAACUCAGCCGCUUCAAAACGGAGAGAACCUGAGGAAGAGGAAGACGAGGAUGAUGACGAUGCUGAGCCAAAAAGUUCUUCUCAGCUUUUGGAUACCUGGGGUAUGGAGGACAUCGAUCAUGUCUUCACUGAGGAAGACUAUAGGACUCUGACCAACUACAAAGCCUUCAGCCAGUUCGUCAGGCCUCUGAUCGCUGCCAAGAACCCCAAAAUCGCUGUUUCCAAAAUGAUGAUGGUUCUGGGAGCGAAGUGGAGGGAGUUCAGCACUAACAACCCUCUGCGGGGCUCGGCUGCUGCCACCACAGCCCUGGCGGCCGCUAGUGCCGCUGUAACUGUUGAAACAGCAGCAGAAACUCCAGCCACUGCAACCGGAGCCCAAAUCAGUGCCGAGUCCACACCAGCAGCUCCCGUACGCAAGGCCAAGACAAAAGAGGGCAAGGGUCCCAAUGCACGCAAGAAGUCCAAACCCGCUCCAAAACCUCAAGAGAAGAAAGUGAAGACCAAAAAGGUUGCUCCUCUGAAGAUCAAACUCGGAGGCUUCAACAGCAAAAGGAAACGCUCAUCUAGUGAAGAGGACGAUGUUGACGUGGACAGUGACUUUGAUGAUGGCAGUAUGAACAGUGUAUCCGUUUCGAAUGGAUCAAAUAGCCGCAGUAGUCGCAGCAGCACUAAAAAGAAGCCCAAAAAGAAGACGAAAAAAGGUGAUGAUGAUGGUGAUGGAUAUGAGACGGAUCAUCAGGAUUACUGUGAGGUCUGUCAGCAGGGAGGAGAGAUCAUUCUCUGUGACACCUGUCCACGAGCUUAUCACAUGGUCUGCUUGGACCCUGAUAUGGAGAAAGCACCGGAGGGCACCUGGAGCUGCCCACACUGUGAGAAGAUGGGCAUCCAGUGGGAGGCUCGUGAGGACGCGUCAGACGGUGAGGAGGAUAACGAGGCGGGAGGAGAGGCGGAGGAGGACGACCAUCACAUGGAGUUCUGCAGGGUGUGUAAGGACGGCGGAGAGCUGCUGUGCUGUGACUCCUGCCCCUCAUCAUACCACAUCCACUGCCUUAACCCACCACUGCCCGAGAUUCCCAACGGAGAAUGGAUCUGCCCUCGCUGCACUUGUCCUACUAUGAAAGGUAAGGUGCGGAAGAUUCUGACCUGGCGCUGGAGUGAACCUCCUCCCCCGACCCUUGUGCCGCGGCCCAGUGACCUCCCAGCUGGUGCUCCCAACCCCAAACCAUUGGCUGGUCGCCCUGAUAGGGAGUUCUUCGUUAAAUGGCAUAAUAUGUCCUACUGGCACUGCUCCUGGGUUUCUGAGCUGCAGCUGGAGAUGCACUGUCAGGUGAUGUUCAGAAACUACCAGCGCAAGAACGACAUGGACGAACCCACACCCAUAGACUUCGGCGGGGAUGGAGAGGAGGAGAAGAGCGACAAGAGGAAGAAGAAAGACCCCACCUAUGCUAAGAUGGAGGAGAAGUACUACCGCUUUGGCAUCAAGAUGGAGUGGAUGAUGAUUCACCGUGUCCUGAACCAUAGUGUGGAUAAGAAGAAUAACUGUCACUACCUCAUCAAGUGGAGGGAUUUGACAUAUGAUCAAGCCACCUGGGAGGCAGAGGAUAUGGAUAUACCAGAGUUUGACACCUACAAACUGCAGUACUGGAACCACAGGGAGUUGAUGAUGGGUGAUGAAGGUAAACCAGGAAAGAAGAUGAAGAUCAGAGGAAAGAUCCUAAAGGAGUUGAUGAUGGGUGAUGAAGGUAAACCAGGAAAGAAGAUGAAGAUCAGAGGAAAGAUGCGGAAACUGGACCGACCUCCAGAGAACCCUGUGGUGGAUCCUACUAUUAAAUUUGACCGUCAGCCAGAGUAUCUGGACACUACGGGCGGGACGCUGCAUCCGUACCAGCUGGAGGGGCUCAACUGGCUCCGCUUCUCCUGGGCUCAGGGAACCGACACCAUCCUGGCAGACGAGAUGGGUCUGGGAAAGACCGUGCAGACUGCUGUUUUCCUCUAUUCCCUGUAUAAAGAGGGUCAUUCGAAGGGUCCGUUCCUGGUGAGUGCCCCCCUGUCCACCAUCAUUAACUGGGAGCGAGAGUUUGAAAUGUGGGCCCCGGAUAUGUACGUCGUCACAUACGUCGGAGACAAAGACAGCAGGGCUGUCAUCAGAGAAAACGAGUUCUCCUUUGAGAACAACGUCAUCCGCGGUGGCAAGAAACCCUCUAAGAUGAAGAAAGAAGCCUCCGUGAAGUUCCAUGUGCUGUUGACCUCCUAUGAGUUGAUCACUAUUGACACGGCUGUUCUGGGCUCCAUCGACUGGGCUUGUUUGGUAGUUGACGAGGCCCACAGACUGAAGAAUAAUCAGUCAAAGUUUUUCAGGGUGCUGAACAACUACCCACUGCAGCAUAAGUUGUUGUUGACUGGAACUCCUCUACAGAACAACUUAGAAGAGCUUUUCCAUCUGCUUAACUUCCUCACACCAGAGAGAUUCAGUAAUCUUGAGGGUUUCUUGGAGGAGUUUGCCGACAUUGCCAAGGAGGACCAGAUCAAAAAGCUUCACGACAUGCUGGGACCACACAUGCUCAGGAGACUCAAAGCUGACGUGUUCAAGCACAUGCCUUCCAAAACAGAGCUCAUCGUCCGAGUUGAGCUCAGCCCCAUGCAGAAGAAAUAUUACAAGUUCAUCCUGACCCGCAAUUUUGAGGCUCUGAACACUCGUGGUGGAGGAAACCAGGUUUCUCUGCUGAAUGUCGUUAUGGACCUCAAGAAAUGCUGUAAUCAUCCCUAUCUCUUCCCUGUUGCUGCUAUGGAAGCUGCCAAGAUGCCCAAUGGGAUGUACGAAGGCAGCGCCUUGACUAAAUCUUCUGGCAAACUGCUGCUACUGCACAAGAUGCUGCGGAAACUCAAGGAGGGCGGACACAGAGUGCUCAUCUUCUCUCAGAUGACCAAAAUGUUGGACCUGCUAGAAGACUUCCUGGAGAACGAGGGCUACAAAUAUGAGCGCAUUGAUGGAAGUAUCACAGGAGGCAUGAGACAGGAAGCCAUUGACCGCUUUAAUGCUCCUGGUGCUCCCCAGUUUGCUUUCCUGCUGUCGACCAGAGCCGGUGGUCUGGGUAUCAAUCUGGCAACCGCAGACACCGUCAUCAUCUAUGACUCUGACUGGAACCCUCACAAUGACAUUCAGGCCUUUAGCAGAGCUCACAGGAUUGGUCAAAACAAGAAAGUUAUGAUCUACCGCUUUGUGACCAAAGCCUCUGUAGAAGAGAGAAUUACUCAGGUGGCCAAGAAGAAGAUGAUGUUGACUCACUUGGUUGUGCGUCCUGGAUUGGGCUCAAAGACCGUAUUUUAUAGUUAUAGUAUACUGAAACAUACCUUUUUCACUGUUUCCUGUCUUCUCCCUCAGGAAGAGGAAGUUCAGAGGGAGAUCAUCAAGCAGGAGGAAAGUGUGGAUCCAGAUUACUGGGAGAAACUGCUCCGACACCAUUACGAGCAGCAGCAGGAGGAUUUGGCUCGUAAUCUGGGCAAGGGCAAGCGAAUCCGCAAACAGGUCAACUACAACGAUGGCUCUCAGGAGGACAGAGACUGGCAGGAUGAUCAGUCUGAUGGCCAAUCAGAUUACUCCGUUGCUUCAGAGGAAGGAGAUGAGGACUUUGACGAACGAACAGAAGCCAAUUCACGGCGACCCAACAGAAAAGGCCUCCGAAAUGACAAAGACAAACCCCUGCCCCCCCUGCUGGCCAGAGUGAGCGGCAACAUUGAGGUGUUGGGUUUUAAUGCUCGUCAGAGGAAGGCCUUCCUGAACGCAGUGAUGCGUUAUGGGAUGCCACCUCAGGACGCCUUCACAACCCAGUGGCUAGUCAGAGACUUGCGUGGCAAAUCAGAGAGGGAGUUCAAGGCUUACGUCUCGCUCUUUAUGCGGCACUUGUGUGAGCCUGGUGCAGAUGGUGCUGAAAGCUUUGCCGAUGGCGUUCCCCGGGAGGGACUGUCACGGCAACACGUUCUUACUCGUAUUGGUGUGAUGUCGUUGAUCAGAAAGAAGGUACAAGAGUUCGAGCAUGUGAACGGUCAGUGGUCAAUGCCCUGGAUGAUGGAGCUAAACGAGAAUAAAAUAGCGUCCACCGCCAGCAGUCAGCCUGAUUCACCCAGCAAAACGCCCUCUACUGGCACUCCAGCGGACACUCAGCCCAACACACCUGCUCCAGAUGGUGUUUCCAAAGCAGAAGAUAGUGGAAAAGAUGGCGAUAAAGAAAAGGUGAAAAAUGGAGACGGUGAGAAGGACGCAAGUGAGAAUAAAGACAAUGAAGUCAUUGCCAUUCCUGAUGAAGAUGAAAAAGCUUCUGCUUCUGAAGUCAAAAGCAAAGACAAAGAGGAGAAGGACAAAACGCCUGAAUCCUCUUCAGAGGCAGACAAGGCCGAUGGGAAGCAAGAUGAGAAAGAGGAAGAGAAAGGGAAGUCUGGAGACGCUGAUGAGAAGACCAACGACAGCAAGCCCAAAGGGUCUGAGGCUGAGAAGGAAACUUCAGACGCCAAAGGAGAAAAGGACGAUGAACCUGAAAAGAAGGAAGAUGAACCUGAAAAGAUGGACACUACCCCUGUUACAGAUGAGAAGAAAGGUCAGAAGGACGAGAAGGAAUCUGGUAAGACGGAGGAAGCAGGAAAACUGCAGAACGGAGAGAGUGGCAAAGACAGCGCAGCAGGAGCAGCAACUGAAGAGAGGAAGAAAGCCAAAACACGGUUCAUGUUCAACAUCGCAGAUGGAGGAUUUACCGAAUUACACUCCCUGUGGCAGAAUGAGGAACGAGCCGCUACAGUCACCAAGAAGACCAAUGAGAUCUGGCAUCGUCGCCACGACUACUGGCUACUCGCUGGCAUCAUACAACACGGUUACGCUCGUUGGCAAGAUAUUCAGAAUGACAUCAGAUUCGCCAUUCUUAACGAACCCUUCAAGGGAGAGAUCAACAGAGGAAACUUCCUGGAGAUCAAGAACAAGUUUCUGGCCAGGAGAUUCAAGCUGCUUGAGCAGGCUCUGGUGAUUGAAGAACAGCUGCGCAGAGCUGCGUAUCUGAACAUGACUGAAGACCCUUCUCACCCCUCCAUGGCUCUCAACACACGCUUCAGUGAAGUGGAGUGUCUGGCCGAGUCCCACCAGCACCUGAGCAAGGAAUCCAUGUCCGGAAACAAACCUGCCAAUGCCGUCCUACAUAAAGUACUGAAACAGCUAGAAGAGUUGCUCAGUGACAUGAAAGCAGAUGUCACUCGUCUCCCGGCGACCAUCGCCAGGAUACCUCCUGUCGCCGUGAGGCUGCAGAUGUCUGAAAGAAACAUUCUCAGCCGUUUGGCCAGCAGAGGACCAGACACACAGUCUCAGCAGGUCCAGCAGUAGCCUGCAGCAGACGCCAGUCCACAGAGCGCCGCACACCAUGUCCACAUUCCUGAUUGCACAUGAUAUCUCGUCUGAGCUUGAAUCCACACCCUCGUACUGUCCGCUCAAACCUGGGGGCUGUGGAUAUUUGAGCUGUUGUUUUUAUUAUUUUCCUAAUUAAUAUUGUUUACAUAAUAUUGUUGAUGAUGGUUUUUGGGACCUCAAUAAAAAUGUUCAAUAAAAAA